AUGGAACCACUGGAGAGUCGUCCGCAGUUCACACUUGGGCAAAGACGACUGACUUUGUUUGGAAGCGGAACACGAACCGAUUUCUGCUAUUCCGGGUUCUUAUUGAGCGUAGCGAAAUCAAGAGAUUUCCCACUGUCUGUGUCGAUACCAGAAACUACGGCUGAAACCUACACCGCUAACGAAGUUCAAGUGAUUGCCUACUUUCUAUGUCCGGAGACGCUUACUGCACUGCUUCUUCUGUCAAGACAGGCAGGCGAUUAUCAGGAUGUAGUCAAGGAGAUAGACUCUACAAGGAACCUGGCUCAGAGGAAGAAGGACAUUAGUUUGAAGUCUCGAGUCUCUAUCCCCUCUCUAGUGCUACUUACAAGGACCGGUUUCCCUACUACCUUGUCAUGGCGAUAUCUGCCUCGAAACCCUCGGCUUGCUUCGUCUCCUAGUGGUGUUUUCCCGUGGAGCGACCGUGAGUCAGGUGGAGUAGCCCUAUAG